CUGUUUUUAUGAUUUAAAAUGCCUUGGCCUCUAUUGACCCUUAAAGUCAAACUCAAAUACGUGCAUCAACCCCACCAGCCCCACCUUCAUGCCUUUAAUCCCGCCGAGACUAAACUUUCCUUCAUCCCUAGCUGCCACCCAACUAUAUAUAAAGGCCUGGACUCACUCCAGAUAAUGAAAGCUUGUUUAAUGAUCUGUUGCUUUUACUCUUUAUAUAUACUUUGGUAGUUAUUUUCCGUUGAAGAAAUGGCAGUAGAUGAUUCCUUCAAAAAGCCUGGAGCUGUUCCCUUUAAAUGGGAGAUCCGACCUGGUGUUCCCAAGGUCCAACAACAGCAAAAACAGCACGAACAAUCACUACCACAGAAACAGAAGCCACAAAAGCCUAAGCAACCACCACCACCAUUGCCACCACCAGCAUCACCUUUUAUAAACCAACGUUCAUUGCCAACUCCAGCCGGAGCUAGUCCUCGACAAAAACUUAAACCCCCACCAGCUGGAUCCUACUUGCUCUUAACUCCUGAGCCCAGAAGUCACUCUUUUAGGUCUACCCCACGUGCCCGAUCCGAGCGUUGGCGGUUUGAUCAACCCACCCGGCUCGGACCCGAAUGUGUUCCACCCGGGUGCUUCCCAUCACCAUUGCUUAGGCAGAAAGGAAGCAAAAGGAGGACCCAAAAACCCGAACCCGACUAUGUUUUGGACCUUGAGACGUUGUCCCGGUGGUCGGUUUCGAGUCGGAAGUCACUUUCACAGUUCUAUAGCUCACCGGCAUCAUCUUUUUCAUCAUACAGGUCAUCGCCCCGACCCGUGGCUGAUGCUGAUUGGGCAGGGUUUGGACUUUUUUGAAAGAAAAAAAAGUUUGUAUAGUUUUUCUAGGAUAAUCAAUUAAUCAUGCCUUUAAUAUAAAAGGUUUGCAAUGUUGUUAGAUCUGGUUAUUUGAUAGCCGAAAGUGGAAUGUGACAUGGGUUUGGUACCAUUUCUUCCUAUCACAAGCCCAAUGAUGUGAUGCCAAGGAAAAUGGAACUCCUCCCAAGUUUUUAUUGUAAUUCAAGAGUGAGGUUUUAAUACUAUAUCAGUUUA